CGGGGACAACACUGCUCCUCGCCCGAAGGAGGCCGUUCACCCCGCCAGCUGUCUUCACACCUUUAAUACUCCUCGGUGUGCCUCUGGCAUUCUCAGGAGCUCUUCAAUCCCAUAAACAAGAGCACCAAGGCUACUUCCUAAGACCUCCAAGGAGGCGUGGCUUCGGGACCGGAAGAACGUCCGGUUGCCAAGGGAACGCCACGCGCCUAGGCGCCUGCCCAGCCACUGAUGCUCCGGCUGAGGCACAGGCAACCAGUUCACCCAACUUGUAGAAGCGGCUUUGCUCAGGAGCCGGGAUUCCUACAAUGGAGGCAUAGAGACUAAGGCUGAGAGACGCCCGAUAUUUAUUCCAGAGACGUAUACGAGCGAGGGAGUGGUUCAUUCCUGUUCCUCUUCAGCCUCUGGGCCCGCAGGACUAACUUCAAAGACCAGCUGGUUUGUAAAUAUUUGAAUCACAUUAUGGGAUUGCUAGACAGACUUUCAGGCUUGCUUGGCCUAAAGAAGAAGGAGGUUCAUGUUUUGUGCCUUGGUCUGGAUAAUAGUGGCAAAACAACAAUCAUUAACAAACUUAAACCUUCAAAUGCUCAAUCACAAGAUAUAGUUCCAACCAUAGGAUUCAGCAUAGAGAAAUUCAAAUCAUCCAGUUUGUCUUUUACAGUGUUUGACAUGUCAGGUCAAGGAAGAUACAGAAAUCUCUGGGAACACUAUUAUAAAGAAGGACAAGCCAUUAUUUUUGUCAUUGAUAGUAGUGAUAGAUUGAGAAUGGUUGUGGCCAAAGAAGAACUUGAUACUCUGCUGAACCAUCCAGAUAUUAAGCACCGCCGAAUACCAAUCUUAUUCUUUGCAAACAAAAUGGAUCUUAGAGAUGCAGUGACAUCUGUAAAAGUGUCUCAGCUGCUGUGUUUAGAGAACAUCAAAGAUAAACCAUGGCAUAUCUGUGCUAGUGAUGCCAUAAAAGGAGAAGGAUUGCAAGAAGGUGUAGACUGGCUUCAAGAUCAGAUCCAGGCUGUGAAGACAUGAAAAGAUAGUAUUUGGAAACCUCAACAAUUUUCAAUUCAAGGAAUGUAUCUUAAGGCAAACUGAAUACUUCAAAUUUUUUAAAAGAUGUUUGUGCAUCUAAGAAUACUAAGACUUUAUAAUCUUCUGCUUGCAUUUAUGGAUUCUGAAUGAAAUUUUUAAGAACAUAGGACUUCAGGUAUGCUAAUAUGACCAUUAAUUAUAUUAAAACUAAAUCUUUCCUCAGAAGGGCUCCUUCCCCAGAAUUAUCAACUUCUUGGUAAAAGUCUACAUUUGAUUGUAAUUAGAAUGUUUAAAGUCAGAUUUAUAAGCCAUCUCAGUAUCUCAUCAUGAUUUAUAAUAUCUUUAAUGCAUUUUAUUUUUUAAAUUGUCUUCUGAGAUUUAGUUUAUGAUGUAACUUUGCGGUAUGAUUGUGCUUGGAAAAAGAACUUUAAAUAUUUAUAAGGGACCAUGGGUAAUUAAUAUAUACAUAAAAUUUUUACUAUAUGUCACUGUCAAUAAAACACAAUAUGCAAUGUACCAACUAGUGUACUUUGUUUAUGCUGAAAAGAAUAAUGCUGUGUUGUCAUAAUAUUUAAUGUUUUACUGUCAAGCAUUUGUAAAUUAUCUGAGACAGAAUUAAGCUGAAUUUAUCCAGUGAA